ACGUUCUUCUUUUACAUGCAAUAAUGCUUAGGUCACGUUAAAGUUGAAGUCCUUUUGUAUGUUGCAAGUUGAGGCCAGUAAGAGUAGCUUCAUCUGUCAACAUAAACAUGUACGAGAAACCUAUCAAAUUGUAGUAUCUUUAGCUCUCAUCUUUAAUCCAAAUCCUGUUCUCCACUUCUCCACUUACUAUAUAGAACCAGAAAAGUAUGGAGCUUUGUGGUCCUCACAUAUUCGUUUUUGUUUAAUAAUUGUGGUGUUGUACACAUCUCAACUAGUUCCACAAGGUACUUGUUACUUCCCACUAGUUCCGAGUAACUCAAUCUGUCCAUCAAAACUUAGAUAAAUGAAUGUGUUUUUGCCUCUACCAAAAAACUUAAACCUGAGACCUCAUAGUUCUCAUCUCACUUCAUUGAACCACUAAGUCAUACCCUUGGGUGUUUGACGUGGUCCACACAUAUUCUCUCCCUUCUCUUUCACCUUUAUUGCUAAAUUUCACAUUAUUAAUCUACUCAUAUUCUUGUGCUCCUCACUCUAGUUUUCCUCAACUUGUUUCUUUUUUCCCUCUUCAAAGAGAUGGAAAAUAGCAAAUGGGAAGGGAAGAGAAACAUGGAAGAGGAGGAUGACGAGGAAGAUGAAAAUGCUGUAGAGGAUACCAAAAGGAAGAGGGUCUUGACUCGCUCCGGAAGGAAGGUAUCCAUGGGAGAGGGGUCAAGGCAGCCUUCCUGUCAAGUUGAGGACUGCACUGCAGAUAUGGUGAAUGCUAAGACAUACCAUUGCCGCCACAAGGUCUGUGAAUUUCAUGCAAAGGCUCCAGCAGUACUUAUUGAUGGACUCCGACAGCGUUUCUGUCAGCAAUGCAGCAGAUUUCAUCAGUUGGCGGAGUUUGAUGAUGCAAAAAAGAGUUGCAGGAGACGGUUGGCAGGCCACAACGAACGCCGCCGUAAAAGUGCACAUGAUUCUCCAGGAGAAGGGUCAAGUUGAACGGGCACCUACUAGUGGACUGAUGGGAACAGAAGCUCCCUCUGAAACACAUAAGAGUUUUAUCACGCUCUCUCUCUUCUGUCAUUUGCCAUAUUUCCUUUUUAACAAAAAAUGUUAUCUUCAGGUAUGCAUAAAGUAGUAAUUCAUUUCAUUUGAAAUGAAAAUAGUAUGAAAGAAUGUGUCAUUAACUUUUGUCUGUUGGUAUUUCGAUAGUUUGUAGACCGAAAAUAAAGCUAUCCUGUGUUUCACAUGGAUGCUGCUUGAAAACUACCCUAUUGGACUUGUCAUCUCACACUACAAAGUUUCUUUUUUAUUUUUUUAAUUACCAUUACUUUCCUGACAGAGCUCGAGUCUAGUAUAAAAAAUGCUUUCCACCUCAUGCAACAAACAACACUGAAUGUGCAUCGUAAACAUAAACAGUGUGAAAGAAACAGGUAGAAUUGACCUUCUUAAAUGUAGGCAUCAGUUAGUGUUCGACUGAACAGAAGCAUAUAGAAGUAUGCAAAAACUAUCUUUCAUAAAAUAAUCAUCAAUAUUGCAGCUAAAUAGCUAAUAAUGAUGCACAAUAAAGCCUAAGAAGAACACUCAUUUGAAGAGUUAAAGAGGAAAAAAAAAUUAAAAAAUGAGAGAACCACAAAACUGAAACUAAAGACACUCGGAGAACACUCAUUUGAAGAGUUAAG